AUGAUAUCUACUAGGAAUUCGCAGAGUUUGCUUUAUACAAAUCAAUCUUCUGUUAUGGGAGGCUUUCAUGAAUUAUUUUGGAGAUGGAAUCACACUCAUUCUUCUCGACAUAAUGCAUUUUCAAAAUGUAUUCAUCAGCAAUCAAGAAAAAGCAGCAGCUUGUCCAAUCCUUCUCCUUUAAAACCAAUCAGCGCCAUUGAAUCAACAAAUACACCUAUAGAUACUCCAUUAGAAGCCUCCAACAAGUCCCCAGUACUCAAUCAACUCGCCUUAGAUGUCCGUCAAGUAAUGCGCCAUGUACCGCAUUCCGUCGUAAUCCUUACCACUCCAAACCUUCAUCCCAAGUCUGGAGAACCUUCAAUAGCAGCAGCAGCUAUGACGUUAUCCUCUUUUACAACACUUACUCUCUCACCAGAACCUAUCAUCACGUUCAACAUCAAGCGUCCUUCCCGAACACUCGAUGCGCUAAAAGCAUUAUACCCCAUCGGGUUAGCAUCAUCAUCCGCAAAAGAUACACCCGAAAGAUGGUUUCACAUCCACCUAUUAGAAGCCAACACAUCCGGUGCUCAACUUGCCAAUCAUUUUUCUCGUGGUGGACCUAUGCUUCCCGAGGAUCACAAGUUGGUGUAUUCUCCCGGUGCAGUUGCAGAUGUAACCACCAGAGGUAUUAGACAGACGUUUCAAUGUGAGAUUCUGAGGAAUCGUGAAAACAGUGGGUUUAUUGAUGUUGGGGAUCAUACGUUGGUUUUUGGGAAGGUGAUGAAGAUUGGGUUUGGAGAGGAAGUGGAUAAAGUGAAGGGAAGGAAGAAAGAGUGGAGGGGCUUGUGUUAUAUGCAGGGGAAAUAUCAAAUUACGAUUCCUAUGUUGCAUGCUGAUAAGAAGAAGGAUGUAACUGUUUGA